AUGAAAUCAAAUAGAAGCAAAAGUAAAGAUUAGGUUCAAAAACAUGUCAAAUGUAGCAAGUUUAUCUAUUAUUAUAGUAAUCGAAUAAUAAUCUUGGUAAGAGGGAUUAUACGAAGAAGAAGGAGUUAUGUUUAAAGAAAAUAAUUUACAGCCAAUAAAAUUUUUUGUGGAAUAUACAACAGAUAAAUAUAUAAAAUAUAUUGUGGAUGGAAAUAUAUUGAGAGAGUAAUUCCUAAUUUAUGAAUAAAUUAGAUAAUAAAUCAUUGAAGCUAAAGUUUAGCCUGAGAUAAUGAGAAACUUAGAAUAAGUCAAAUAUCUUAGAUGGGAAGGAGAGUUAGGAAUGAAUAAACAAAAAAUAAAAAAAUGGAAUGCUUUUUGGAGAGGAGCUAAUUUAAAUAUUGGAGGGGAGUAUAAUUAAAAUGGUUAAAAAUAAGGAAAAUGGAUAGAUUUAUUUCCAAAUUUUUAUGAGUAAAUUUUUCAUUUAUUCAAAUAAGCUUUUGUAAAGUUACUAUUUAAGGAAUGUAUAUAUAAGACAGAAAAUAAGGAGAAUGGGUUUAUUAUUUUGAAAAUUAAUAAAUGUAUUUUCUUAAAAAUUAAUCAUAGAGCUGAUGGAAUUUAUAAUGAAAAUGGAUAAAAAAAUGGAACAUGGAUUGAGCUUUACGAUUAUUAUAAUAGGUUAAAAUUUAUCAAUGUUUAGUGAAAAUAUGAUAACGUUUCGAGGAAAAUAUAACAAAGGAGUGAAAUUCGGAAGGUGGGAUACUUAUUAUUAAAAGAAUUUUGAUGAUCAAACAAAAAUGAUGUGAGUUUAUCAAUUUUUAUUAAUAGUGGUGGAGGAGAAUUUAAUUUAUAAGGAAAAAAAAAUGGGAGAUGGAUUGAAAUACAUGAAAAUUAUUUUAGGUUUUUGAAGUAUUAUAAAAAUUAGUCUAUGUAACAUUUAAUAUUAGGGAGAAUAUAAUAAUGGAAAAAAAUAAGGAAAAUGGAUCAUUUAAUUUAAAUAUAUAGACUAUUUUUAAGAUUAUUAAAAAAUGUAAUAUGAAUAUAAACUUAUUUUAGAGGGGGAGGAUCAUAUGAUGUAAAUGAAAUAAAGAUAGGAAGGUGGAUAGAACUAAAUGACAAUUUUAAAGAGUAUUUAAUAUAUAGUUAUAAUAGCACAUCCUAAACUAUUUUGGAAGGGGACUAUAUUUAAGGGAAAAAAUAAGGAAAGUGGACAAUCAAAUUUAGAUUAAAUGAAAAACAUAGAUUUAAAAUAUUGUAUUAUUCUGCCGAUUGAUAUUUAGAGGAGGAGGAGAUUAUGAUAUUAAUGGAAGAAAAAAUGGCAAAUGGAUAGAUACAAAUCAUAAUUUCUAGAUGUAAAUUAAUAAUUUUAUGCUUUACAAUUAGAGAUAACUAAAUGAUUGAUAUUGGAGAAUAUAAAAAUGGAAAAAGAAAAGGGAAAUGGAUAACGAAGUACAGGUAUGAAAUAAAUGAACCUUUUACUUAAAUGUAAUAGUUUUUAUUUAUAUUUGAAGUGGUGAGGGUAUUUAUGAUGAUUCAGAAAUAAAAAAUGGAAGAUGGGUCGAAAUUUUUUAAAACUUUCAAAAGUAAUAAACUUAAAGAUAUUUUAAUUAGUUCAUGUUAAGUGACUUUGGUUGGAGAUUAUUUAAAAGGAAAUAAAAUAGGGAAAUGGAAUAUUUUAUAAAGAUUUUAGGAAAAAGAGAAAUUUAUAUAAAUGUUUAAUAUUUUUUAUAAAUUUAGUGGUGGAGGAACUUAUGAUGAAAAAGGUUUUAAAAAUGGUUAAUGGUUGGAAUUGAUUGAUAAUUUUAAAAUGUAAAUUUUUUUCUAAAAGCAGUUCAAAUUAAGUAAUUCUGAAAGGAAAUUAUUUAUAUGGUAAGAAAUUAGGCUAAUGGGAUACAUUUUAUAAAAAGAAUCCACAAUAAGAGUUUUAAAUUAUGUAAUACUCAUUUUUUUAAUUUUUCUAGUGCAGGAGGCCUUUAUGAUGAAAAUGGUUUCAAAAAUGGUAAUUGGAUUGAUUUGGAUUUUCGUUUUGGUUUUGGGCAAAAUUAAGUAAUUUUAAAGGGACAGUAUAAAAAUGGUUUUAAAGUUAAUGAAUUAUAAGAAGAGGUUUAAAAUAAUGUUUGA